CGCCGGUUUCCGGUUCCGCCGCCCUCUUUCUGUUCAACGAGGCGGCUGGGCUGGUCGGUGGCGGCGGCUGUGCGGACGCAGAGAUGCAGAUCUUCGUGAAGACCCUCACGGGCAAGACAAUCACCCUUGAAGUUGAGCCCAGUGACACCAUCGAGAAUGUCAAAGCUAAAAUCCAAGACAAGGAGGGCAUCCCACCUGACCAGCAGCGUCUGAUAUUUGCGGGCAAACAGCUGGAGGAUGGCCGCACUCUUUCAGACUACAACAUCCAGAAAGAGUCCACCCUGCACCUGGUGCUGCGCCUGCGAGGUGGCAUCAUUGAGCCUUCCCUCCGCCAGCUUGCCCAGAAGUACAACUGUGAUAAGAUGAUCUGCCGCAAGUGCUACGCACGUCUGCACCCCCGUGCCGUCAACUGCCGUAAGAAGAAGUGUGGGCACACCAACAACCUGCGCCCCAAGAAGAAGGUCAAAUAAGGCCCUCACCAGCUCUUCCCGCAAGGCAGCCUCCUGCCCUGGCCCAUGGCUCUGGGGCCUCAAUAAAGUUUCCCUUUCGUUGACUGGA